UCUUCAUCCAAGUCAACCCCAGAUCCUUGCCCCAAAAUGAAAGGCCCUUUUUUCUCCCUAUGUCUUUUCUCGACCGUGUUUUCACUAUUUGUGUGGCCCUCUUUGGGACUAAAAAGACUCCACUUGGGAAGCUGUGUCCUGUCCAUGAACUUUCAGGAAAUAAGGAAUGAAUUUUUCGAGAUAAAAGGCUAUGUGCAAGCUGAAGACAAAAACUUGGACAACAGAAUCUUGAAGAGCUCAGAGGCUUUACAAGACAUAAAGCCCACAGAGAGGUGUUGCUUUUUCCGCCAUUUAUUGAGGUUCUACCUAGACAGAGUGUUCAAAAACUACCAGACAUCCAAUCACCACAUUCGCCGGAAGGUCAGCAGCAUCGCCAAUUCCUUUCUUGGAAUCAAGAAGGAGCUUCGGCUCUGUCAUGACCAUAUGAUGUGCCACUGUGGGGAGGAAGCAAAGGAGAAAUACACCCACAUUCUGAGUCACUUCGAGGAGCUAGAUGGUCAGAAGGCUGUGGUCAAGGCCCUGGGAGAGCUGGACAUCCUCCUGAGAUGGAUGGAAAGGACUAAAUAA